UUUACACACACAAGAUCGUCAUGCUAUUAAGCUGGACAUUGGCGCUCUUUCUGGCGCUGAUCCAGGCGUGGCAGGUGCCCGGGCACUGGCUGUGCGAUGGCAUGGCCUGCCCCAGCAACUACUCCGUCUACGCGCAGCAGCGCUCCGGCCUGGACAUCUACGCCUCGGGCAACUGCUUCACGCACAUCAAGCGCCAGUCCGGCGUAAAAAGAUCGGCAUGCAUGAACAUGUGCAUGCGGGUGGGAUGUGUGCACGCCAUCACAGGGAACGAUGGGUGCGUGUUGCUGGGUUCGGGUGUGUUGCCCCCCUACAACACGGGGCUGUACCGUCAGCUGGCAGGUGGCCAGGGCCUGCUGGUCGAGUCUGUGAAAGCGUCGUCAGUGGCCAUCUCCACAGGGGCUUUCAAUUGGGAACCAGUGAACGCCAAUGACGGCAUCACCAACAAUGUGUAUCACUUCUUCCACUCCGGUGACGACAUGUACCCGUACCUCUUUAUUGACCUCCUGAAGCCCUACGCCGUGGUGAGCGUGUCGCUGCUGCCGCGCAUCGAAAACCCAGACGGUGUGACCGCAGCAAACCGAGCACAUUGA